UCCCGCCUUCCCUCCCAUGUAUCUCCCGCCCUCCUCCAUACCCUCCUCCCUCCCGCCACACCUGGGCCCCAUGGGAGGCCUCAGCCUGCCCACUGCCACCCCCUCACCUCCCUCACCUCCCUGGGAGGCACCAUGGGCGGCAUCACGUCCGUCACCACCUCGGCGGCUCACACCACGCAAGACAAAGGCUCCAAGGAGGAGGAAUACGUCACCACCUGCCAGAGUGAGUCAUCUGAUCGGGCAGCCAAAAUGUUCGGCGCUAAGAUCAUCCGGCAAACUCGAAAGGACCAUGACUCCAAGCCCCACGUGAAGCGCCCCAUGAACGCCUUUAUGGUCUGGGCAAGGGACGAGAGGCGCAAGAUCCUGAAGGCCUGUCCUGACAUGCACAACUCUGCCAUCUCCAAGAUUCUAGGAUCCAGAUGGAAGAGCAUGUCCAACUCCGAGAAACAGCCGUACUACGAGGAGCAGUCGCGCCUCUCCAAGCUGCACAUGGAGAAGCACCCCGACUAUCGCUACCGCCCGCGGCCCAAGCGCACCUGCAUCGUGGACGGCAAGAAGAUGCGCAUCUCAGAGUACAAGGCGUUGAUGCGGCAGAAGCGGGAGGAGAUGCGCACCAUGUACUUCAGGGACAACGGCCUCUCCGACCUGGCCAAGCUCCUGCCGCCCGGAGCCGACCCGCUUAUGAAGGACAGCAUCUUCAAGGACGACCUCCUCAAGAAGGACCACGGCAACACGGAGAUCCUCGGCGCCGACUCCCAGGGUGACCCGCCCAGCAUGCGAGGCACCGACAUCCCCUCCAUCAUGACCCCCACCUCAGAGUUCAGUCUCGACGGGUCGGCCUCGCCCUCCCCCGGCGCCCCCGCCUCCUCCACCUCCGACGUUGAGGACCACAUGGACGAGGACUUCACGUCGUCGACAGAAAUCACAAGUCACCAAGAGGCGGAGGAGAACCAGCCGCUCACCAUAGACGAGCGGUUGGCAUGAGGCUCCUCCCGCCCACACCCACACCCGCACCCACGCCCGGUCCAGUGCACGCCCGUGGUGAAGUAACACACACACACACACACACACACACACACACACACACACACACACACACACACACACAUCUCUUCAUUCCAUAUUUCCUAAUCUUGCUUUCGGGACGCUCACUCAGUCAGGCAACAUUAUUAAGUCGCCCUCAUGCUCCUCACCACCAUAUUACACUCUCAUAUGAUAUUUAAAUUAUUUUUAUCCAUUUCUAACCAUCCGAGUUUAAAAAAUUUAAGGGAAUAAUGAGAGAGUAAAUAAUGCAAAAAGGAUUUGAAGGUGGCGGGCAGCGCAGCUGACGUCACGUGACGUCACGGUGUAGGCUUGCUGGCCAGGACGUCAGUCACUGGGCACACACUCUGUGAAGUGUUUUGUUCCACGGCGGAAGGUGAAUUUACGGUCAUCCGGAUUUGUAUUUCGAGUACCAGUGCCAUGAUGCGCGGCCCGAGGCGCAGGGAAGGCGUGGGGACCAUGAGUGGGGCGCCGCUUGCCCAGGGAAGGCUGGUGAGGUAAGGGAAUGGUGCUUAGGUGACUGCAUUGUUGUGGCUCUGAGAGGCCUGGUGGGCUGACGAGUGGGUGGGCGGGGGAGGAGAGGCCAGGUGGGGGGAACUAGGUGAUGGGUUAAGGGACUAGGGACGGGGAGCGCUUCUAUAGCCACCACACUCCUUCCCAGCCCCGUCAUGGUGAAGGGCGCCGUCACUCCUUGUCUGACGGAGAGUCAUCUAGUGUCGCGCACCCGACGCUCAGGGAGGAUCAGGUUAGGGAAGCCUCACGUGUCUCAGUAAAGAGUUUGACGAGGCCAGCUACACGUCCUUAAGAAUGUGAAUAUGUUAAUGUCACUCAGAGUAUCCACAGUCACUCAGUAUUAUGAAAAGACCUCGUAGGGGAGAUUUAAGAAUUAUGGAGGUGCAUCAGCGAAACAUUUUUUUUUCUUUUAGAAGCCAAUUUAAAGGAGAUUAUUUUUCCUAAGACUGGAUUUGCGCAAGUAAGGUAAGUAUCCAUGAGGCUGCAACGUCAGGUUCUGGACGGCGUUUAUCAUGUUAAUCUUGCGUAUUAAAACACCAGUGUGAGGCAGGUGUAGUAAUAACGCAGCGGGAGACGGUUGUGUAAGGAGUGCGCGGCGCUAGCAAGACUCCCCUUCUCGUUCAUGACAAUAAUGACUGGCUGAUCCCCGUCCCCCCACUCUUUUCAGCCGCCUCGCCCCACCCGCCACGCGAUAAUCAGAUUUGUGUGUUUCUUUUCAUGUCAAAUUGGAAAAAAAUAACGAGUUCACGGGAUAUUUUUGUGCAUCCAUCAAAGUAGUCAAGUUAGCGGCACUGGUGUGGUGAAAAGAUGCUUUCUCGGCUUGAGCGUGUAGGGAAGGUAGUGGGAGAGGCAGGGAGGGGCUGGACCGAGGGGAGAGGAACAGUGGUGGGAGAGGUGGUGUGGUCUUGCUCCGGGGCUUGCUGGGAGUUCCUUCGUGUCGUCUAAGCUAAGCGUCGUGAAUUGCAGGAAGGAAUACUUAAUUGCCACCACUUCUCUCUUCUUCCUUCAUUUACUAUUGUCUCCAUAUGUUACACACACACACACACACACACACACACACCAAGUGGGUGUGUGCGGGCGUGCCGUCGCCUGGCCUUCACGGGCGGCGAGGAUAAACACAAAGGAACUGCGAGUUUCUUGAGUUUCUUGGAUUUUAGUGUGAGUUGUGUUGAGGAGUGAGAGAAAAGAGAGGGAGAACAGACAGACAAUGGUUCCUCUCCCUCAGUCUCCUCCUCUUUCAUUCUUUUGGAAAACGACGUCGGAAUGACUCCGCGACGAUCUGGUUCUUGGAAAUCAGAAAGAAAGGAUUUGUAAUAAUUUUUCCUUUGAAGUACAUAUGAUGUAUUUUCCUCCCGGAGCAGUGAUAUGUAUGUAGAUCUCCCACGAGUGAUCUUUCGACGGAGCCGUUCAAAGGUUCACUGGUUCGACGCUGCUGUUUCGUUCCUCGCACGCUUUAUUAUUUUUUUUCCUGAAGUAUGUAAACCUUUCCUUGUGGCGCGGCGCGCAGAGGCCGCCGUCCAGGCCGCAGGGCGAGGAGAGCUCGACGACUUGGUCUGUAUAAUAGUAAUAAGAAUAAUGACCCUAAGUUAAUGGUGUACACUGAUGAAGCUUUAAAGUUCCGAAGAAUGUUUUCCUCGCCAUGUGUUAUUUUCUAUCACUGUACAAGAUGGAGGGAGGCGCGGCGAGCGGCGCCGCCCGCGGCCAACCUUAUUUUUGAGUUUUUAAAGUAAGAGCGAUGCCGCGUCGGGGCACCGGCCGCCCGCUGCCUCCCGGCGGUAGUUAGAUAAACCAGUGCUUAGCUAAGGGAUAGGUAAGAGAUGUUCACUUUUUCCUUGAGAAUUUACGGCUAUUUCCCGAUAGUCGCCGGGGCGCAGACGCCUCCAUUGUUUGGAAGAGUCGAUUCCGGACGAGCCUGUCUUGGCCAGCAGCCGUGACGUCACGCCGAUUUUCCUGUACAUAGCAAGUCACUUCCUGCAGCCACGACGAUUGGCUCUUUGCCAUGACGCAGGCGUGACGUCACACCCGCAGCACGGCGCCAGAUUGGUCAGCAGCUGAGCCGCCCUGGUCGAGAUGCUGUGUAUUCUAAGUCAAGAGUCUGAGGCCGGUGUUUCUAAUGACAGUAUUAGUAGAGGCAGCGAUCCUUCCUUUUGUAUUUAUAUGUAUAAAUAAUUGCUUCUCGACAAGUCUUUAUGAAGACUGACGAUCGGCAGCCAAAGGUUUAAGUCCCCCGCCCCAACACCCCAGCCCCCGCCCAACACCACCCCCGCGCCUCCAGCGGCCGCCCGAGCUGGUCACCUGCCCCUUCACCCCUCCCCCUCCUCCCCCUCCCUCCCGACACCUUGUUCUGUCUUCCCAGAGUCGUCUUCCCCAGGCCACUUCCUCACGCGUUCUCCUCCCCAGCAUCCUCCCUUCCCUUCCCCCAACUUGUGGCAGUCCCAUUAAGGUAAUCCCUGUGGGCGGCUUACACACACACACACACACACACACACACACACACACACACGGGGACGCACAUAGUGUUCACUCAAAUUUAGCAGUUUAAUAUAAAUGCCAAAUAAAAAACUUUUCUUCCACGGUGCUUCCUCCCCCUUCCUCCCCGUCAUCCUCUCCCUCCCCCGCCACCGCGCCUCUCUCCUAUUCCUUCCCCCUCCCCCCGGCUCGUCGCCUCUGUACCAUACCGUAGGGAUCGCUAUAUAGGUGUAAUAUAUAUACAUAUAAACCUUAUGUCAUGUCGGAGCUUUACACUCUUACAGAUCUUAUGCACGUCCUUCCCUCCCCACCUCCCCCUGUCCUCUUCCUCCUCCACCUCCUCCUCCUCCUUAACCUUCCCUCUUUUAACGCACUAUACUUCAUCCUAUCCUCUCUCUCUCUCUCUCUCUCUCUCUCUCUCUCUCUCUCUCUCUCUCUCUCUCUCUCUCUCUCUCUCUCUCUCUCUCUCCUUAUUUUGGACUUUGUUUAAUGGACUUUAUUUUUUCUCCUUCCUUUCUUUGGGGGUUUUUGACCACCGAGAGUACAGUUCCUUCUCUCUCUUCCUUCACCAUUCCUUCCUUCCUUCUUUCCUUCCUUCCUGACUUGAUUCCUUUCCAUUUCCUCCUUUCUCUUCUGCUAUUUGUUUAUUUUAUUCAUUUCUCUCUUUCUACCUUUUUUUUCCUUUCUUCUUUACUUUUCCUUCCUCUGCCGCUUCCCUACAUCCGUCCUCCCUCCCUUCCUCCCUCCCUCAUUCCCUCCCUUCCUUUCUCCCUCCCUCCCUCCCUCCCUCAUGUUUGCUCCUGCCGAGUGUGUGUUCUUGAAGGUUUUCUAAUAGGCCAAUUACCAAAUACCUGUUUAUGUUGUAAUCAAACACAUUAUUUUUUUUAUUAUAUAUAUAUAUAUUGUUUUUAUUAUUAUUAUUAUUAUUAUUAUUAUUAUUAUUAUUAUUAUUAUUAUUAUUAUUAUUAUUAUUGUGUACCUUCAUUUGGUUAACGGCCGCCUUUGUUUUAAUUAAGUUCGGCUCCUCCUCAGUUUAACACUUUUAUAUAUAUAUCUGAUGAUGGUGAUGAUGAUGAUGAUGAUGAUAGUUUAGUGACACGCAGCCAGAGUAUUGAGCUGUUAGUUCUUUCCCGCAUUUGUGCACCACGUGUUUCCCCCGCGCUGGCCUACCUGCUGGGGCGCCGUCGGAGUGCGAGGGGCGGCGGGGUAUGGGGUGUUGUGGCUCCUCACCUCGCCGUCCUCCCGUAUCGUGGUGGUUGUGGUGCUGGCAGGGUGGCGGGUCGGACUGAGGGGGGAUCAGGGGGCGUGGGUACUGGUCGCCUUCCUGCAAUGUCCUGAUACUCUAGAGAAAGCAUUGAAGUCAUUAAUGUGCCCGGUGUGGUGGAGGGGCGCGUCUGUGCUCGCCCCGCCACGAUGGACAGUAGGGAAGGGACACCAGGCACCCUUAUCCCUCUAUCACCUACCCCUUCCACGGUAUCUUCCCUCCCAUGUAUCACCUAGCCUCCCACUGCUCAGCCCCGCCACUCCCCCAGCAGCACCGCCUCCCCCACGGCGCGCCACGUGCCGGAGGGCCAGAGCGGCGCGGCGACAGUCUACUUUGUAUAUUUCGUUUCAUUCCUCACUCCUGGAAAACCCUGUUGACACGGAUCAGCUGACUGUAACAGCUGACGAAGCCACCUGACCCGGCGGCGAGGGGCAUGGGUGGGAGGCGGGGAGGGGCGGCGCUGCGGGGUGGGGAGAGGCAGUGGUGGGGAGGAAGUUUAGCCCCUCCGCCGCCUCCUCCCUCCCCGUGGCUGGCACCGACCGCCUCCCCGCCGCCCACCGCCGCUCGCCGCCAAGUUAAUUUAUAUACACUAAUAACACUUAUCAUAAUUUUGUUUUGAUGACCCAGAUGACCCACGUCUGGAGAUGUCUACGAUAAGCAGCCUAUACCUGUAAGAGACCUGCACUACUACUACUACUACUACUACUACUACUACAGUUUUCAGUACCACUAUAGCUCCGUUUCUACUUCUCUGACUAAUCCCUCCAGUCCUACCGCUACUACUACUACUACUGUUACUACUACAACGACUACAGCUACUACUGUAAUUAUUAUUAUUUAACGGUGUUUCAAGCAAAGGCAAAUAAUGGACAAUGGAAAUGGAAAACCAGAAACCAAGCAAGCAAAGGUUAGGAUCCUCCUCCUCCUCCUCCUCCUCCUCCUCCUCCCGUCUAGUCUCUGCGUUGAGGGUUGGCCAGGCACCCUCCACCCCAAUCCCCCCACACCUCCGCACUCCCUUCUAUUCCUCCCCCUCCCCCCGAGGACACUUAUCUCCCUUCUGGUUUUGUUUUAUAUUUAUUCACUUAUUUAUUUGUUAUUCAUUAUGUUCCUUCUCUGCCUGACUGCAUCUUUUUGUUGUUGUUUUCGUUGGUUCUUAUUUCAACUUGCGGUGGCGCCCGAAGUGAUGAGGGUGACUUGUGAUUCUGUUGAGUUUUGGUGAUUGGCGCUACUUCUCCUGCCCCCAAACACCACCCCCUCCUCCUCCUCCUCCUCCUCCUCCUCCUCCUCCUCCUCCUCCUCCGCCUCCUCCUCCUCCCGCAACACCUCCAAAAUUCGUGACGUGAUUGGUCGCCUCGUUAAUUAUUAUUAUUAUUAUUAUUAUUAUUAUUAUUAUUAUUAUUAUUAUUAUUAUUAUUAUGCCCAUUAGAUGUAAAAUAAAUCAAAAUUUGUAAAAAAAAACAACAAAGUAAUGAGAUUUAGAAAGAAAAAAAAAAGAGGAAAAAAAGAAGGACCAAAUUGAGGUGUUUUGUUUGGUUUUGUGUUUGAUGUUGCAGCUAUAAUAGUGUUAUAAGACCAUUUGUCGAUUUGUUAUUUGUUGUGCAAGUUUUAUAAUAAACACUAAAGUGAA